AUGAACUUGACAGAUGAAGCGAAGUCUUUUUAUUAUUCUGUAUAUUCAGUAGUUUCACAAAUCCCUUAUGGUUCAGCUACAAGUUAUGGCCAUAUUGCUUAUUUAGUAGGGAAACCGAAAAAUUCCCGUCAAGUUGGGUCUGCUAUGAAGAAUUAUUUUAUGAUACUUCCUGCCCUUUUAGCUUCUGGUAAUGCUGAAGAUAAUGAUGCUGGAUUCCAGAAUAUAAUGGAUAUACCUUGGUGGAGAGUGGUGGGAUCUUCAGGUAAGAUCUCUCCUCGAUCAGAUAGUAAUGGUGAGAUUCUACAACAACAAAGAUUGGUAGAAGAGGGUACGUUACAGCAGGGAACGAUAGUUGAUCUAGAUGAAUUUGGUUGGUUUCCUGAUGAAGUUGAUAUCGACUGA